UGAAAAAACAAGAGUUGGGGAGAGUAAUAUAUGAAGCAAUGAGGGGUCAGGAGCCACGUUCCACUUCUUCCUGUGCCGCCUGCAAGCUCUUGAAAAGGAGGUGCACUCCCAACUGUAUUUUCGCACCCUAUUUCCGAUCAGAUGAGCCGAAGAAAUUCGCCAAAGUGCACAAGGUUUUCGGUGAUAGCAACGUGAGCAAGAUCCUGAUCGAAGUGCCGGAAGAAGAGCGGGGAGACACAGUGAAUUCCCUGGCGUACGAGGCCGAAAUAAGGCUUAGGGACCCGGUCUAUGGUUGCAUUGGUGCCAUAGCUUUGUUACAGAGGAAGAUGAUCCAGCUUCAACAUGAUUUGGCCCUUGCUCGAGCAUGCUUGGCUUGGUACACCUCCGCUAUCGGAAGCACCGAUGAUGAUCGGGUUAUCACAGAGCCUUUCGGUGGACUCUCGGCUGAUUGCGGAUGAUGUAUUGACAGUUUUAGCCAGAAUCCUUCAUACGAAUUGAAUCAGGAAGCAUGUGUAUGAUUUUAGCCAAAUUCCAUAUGUAUAAGAGAUUUCUGUCUUGUUGAUUGGUAGCUUGAUAGUGUUUAAACCUAUUAUCUAUCUCCUAAGAUAAAGUUUGAAUAAUACAGGGAUCAAAAGGGUUUUUGUGAAAAGGUAAUGGCAAUGUAGGACAGAGUGGCGGCUUCAGUUCGGCUAAUUGUGCCGCCCAUAAACACAUGGUGGUGGUGUUCAUAAGCCAAUUCUUACUCAUUUUCUCAAAACUCAUAUGAUAACCCUUCCUACUGUUACCCUGUGGGUCG